CUGCCAUCUUAGAAGUAAAACCGGCCCCUUCGCAGGAACCAGAGCCGAGCUCCUCCCCUGGGUUCCUGAGUUCCUGCGGUCUGCGACUGCCCUCCCUAAAUCCAUCCUGUUCGGUCUGUUUUCAUUUUCACUUGUGUUCAGUGCUCUCGCGCGCGCGUGUGCGUGUGUGUGUGUGACUGCUCUCCGCAGCUUCUGGGUGUCGUGACUUAAUUCUCCCACUUGAGGCUCUCUCGCGCCCGCCGUCUCCCCAGUCCCGGCGAUCUCCCAUCCUAGGCGAUGUCUAGCCUGGUUUGACCGCCCUUUUCCCGGGGAAUGGCAAGUCUUUCACCUGCCGCACACAUUCCCAGAUCCACAGACUGAUGAUCCUCUCCCCAAGAAGGCUACCACAGGAGCUGUCUUCUGAGACUCUGGAUACCUUUAUUCUUCAAAUGGCUUUACCCUUCUCAUAGCUCCAGGGACCCUCCAUUCUCUGUAUCUAGGAAAAUGUGAUGAGUUACAGGUAUCAGCUUCUAGAUCACCAAGCACUUCGUGUUCUAGCCACAAGUGGCUCGAGUGGAAGAUCAAGGGGCAACAAGGUGCAUCAGGAAGAUGCCUAAAGAACAAGGAGGAGGAGAAGCUGGGGGAAAAGAGCCGUGCAGAUACCAGAUCAAAGAAUCGGACAAAGAAGAGGAACCGCCAGCUGCUUCACCCCAUGGCCAGGCGUGGCGUCCAGGCGGCAGAGCAGCUAGGAACUCAAGGCCUGAACCUGGGGCCAGACACUCUGCACUCCCUGCCAUGGUCAAUGACCCACCAGUACCUGCCUUACUGUGGGCCCAGGAGGUGGGCCACAUCUUGGCAGGUCGUGCCCGCAAGCUGCUGCUACAGUUUGGGGUGCUCUUCUGUACCAUCCUCCUCCUGCUCUGGGUGUCUGUCUUCCUCUAUGGCUCCUUCUACUAUUCCUACAUGCCUACAGUCAGCCACCUCAGCCCCGUGCAUUUCUACUACAGGACUGACUGUGAUUCAUCCACCUCCUUACUCUGCUCCUUCCCUGUUGCCAAUGUCUCGCUGGCUAAGGGUGGACGUGAUCGGAGAUGGGGGCUACCUUGGGCAGGUGCUGAUGUAUGGACAGCCGUACCGCGUUACCUUAGAGCUUGAGCUGCCAGAGUCCCCUGUGAAUCAAGAUUUGGGCAUGUUCUUAGUCACCAUUUCAUGCUACACCAGAGGCGGCCGCAUCAUCUCCACUUCUUCACGCUCUGUGAUGUUGCAUUACCGCUCAGACCUGCUGCAGAUGCUUGACACACUGGUCUUCUCCAGCCUCCUGCUGUUUGGAUUUGCAGAGCAGAAGCAGCUCCUGGAGGUGGAGCUCUACUCGGAAUAUAGGGAGAACUCGUAUGUGCCAACUACUGGAGCGAUUAUUGAGAUCCACAGCAAGCGCAUCCAGAUGUACGGAGCCUACCUCCGCAUCCAUGCCCAUUUCACCGGGCUUAGGUAUCUGCUGUACAACUUCCCGAUGACCUGCGCCUUCAUAGGCGUCGCCAGCAACUUCACCUUCCUGAGUGUCAUUGUGCUCUUCAGCUAUAUGCAGUGGGUGUGGGGGGGCAUCUGGCCCCGACACCGCUUCUCCUUGCAGGUAAACAUCCGAAAAAGAGACAGUUCCCAGAAGCCAGUACAGCGAAGGAUCUCAGCCCAUCAUCCAGGCACAGAGCCCCAAGGCCAGGAGGAGUCAACACAGCUGUCAGACAUCACAGAGGACGGUGAGAGCCCUGAAGAUCCCCCAGGGGCAGAGGGUCAGCUCCCUGAGGAGGAGAAACCAGAUCCGCAGCCCUUGAAUGGAGAGGAGGAGCUGGAGCCAGAGGCCAGUGAUGGUUCAGGCUCCUGGGAAGACGCAGCUUUGCUGACGGAGGCCAACCUGCCUGCUCCUACCCAUGCCCUUGCCCCAGAAACUCUGGGCAGCUCUGAACCCUCUGUGGGCAGUCUUCGACAGCGCCCCACCUGCUCCAGUUCCUGAAGAGAACAGGACAGAGUCCUCACAUUCCAGCCUUUUCUCACUUGACAACUCUUCCCCUGUCCUGUGGCUCCCCCAAUAAACUAUUUUCAUGCCCACUGCU